AUCACUGUGUUUUAGAACUGUAUAAAAAGAUGAACCAGUGCUUUGUUAAACAGUUACUCUGCUCAAUUACUCGACUUUUUGUUUGAUUAAUAAAAUGUUGACUUUUUGACAUCAGGCCUCAAGCCUCAGAGGUAGCUUUAGUCCUUGACAUCUCUUUACUUUUAAUAGAAAAAAAAUACGUAUAUCUGUUUAUUCAGAAGCUGAGUCUUCCUUUCAACAGGUUAGAAAACAAGGGUCUUUCAGCAGGGUGCACAAAACAGAUGAGGAAGCAAUAAGUCAUCAGAAGAGGAGGAGCUGUGUUGUGUUUUUUCACUGGUUUAAACUUCACUGUUUCAAUCUGUUGUUUUAUCAGAAGAGCUGCUCCAAAAGUCUCAUCUGAUUCAUUCAUUUGCCAUCAGUUUACAGGGGCUGGGAGGAAGCUGUAACAUUUCCUGUUUGUACACUGAGGACAGAAAAGAAGAGGUGACCAUGGCUGUCGUAAGAGAAUGGUUGGAUGGCAUAAGUACCAAAGGCAUUAAAUACAAAUAUUGUAAUGGGGAACAUGUUGGUUUAACUGAGCUGAGAGAGGACUUCCCUGAACACAACUACCUGGGAAAAGAAAGCAUUCCCCGUUAUCCUGAAUAUGUCUUCCAAGAGUCCAACGUUUGCCAUGUAACUGAGAAGAGUGGCCUUCAUGGAAUCUUCACUGACAGUGGAUUCAGAGGUGGUAAUGAUGGCUACCUGUGGUGGAGCCUUUCAAUAUCUGAUGACUCAAUGCAACAAAACCCUUUCGCUACUUCUCCUGCAUUCCAGACCGAAUCCCGUUAUGGCAACUUCCGCUUCACUUUUCGACUAACAGAGCUCCUGAAACAAUACAGCAAGCAGUUCUGCAGCAGAACUGCUCCGAUUCUACGUGUGUUAGACACCAAGCUCUACAGGAAAGAAAUAGUCUAUUCUGUUUUGGUGCAUCCACAAUACAUGAGGCACUAUAGGAAAUAUCCUCGCCUACCUGUUGAUAUUGAGCCUGAUACUGAUUUGUGUGGGUACAGCCAAAAGACAAUGACCUGGCACUGUCAGUCACCUUCAGAUAAUUAUGAAUACGGCCUGGAGAAGAAUGAGGAUGAUGUAGGGAAUGCCAGUCCACUGGACAGGAGAGAAUAUUUUGUAUGGGAUAAAGUAGCUGUGGCCUUCCACAUGAAGAAGAACUGGGUACUGCGAUUAGAUCGCAGUCAGCUAUUAGAACACUUGAGUGUAUGUGAGGUAGCACAAGUGAAUCUGUUAAAUAACAAAGAGGAAAAAAUGUCUGUCAAAGAGGCUCAGGAAGAAGUAAAGAAAUUGAAAAGAAAGUUUAAUCUUUGAAAAACAAAUUCAGAUCUUUGUUCAGAGGUGGUUGGUCUUGAUUCUGUAGUUAAACAAAAGUUGUAACUCGAACCCGAACACCCAGACCACUUCAUUAAAAUCAGAAUGAAACUAAUAUGCCACAUUGUUGUUCUCAGUUUUGAUCGGUCAGAAGGUACUGAUUCAUUUUCUAUAACAACAACUCCGACAGCGCAGGCUGCAAUUCAAAUGACAUGUUUAUGUUUAUACAUUCUUAUAAUACAAGUACUGCAUUGUUGAUUUGGUGAAUCUUUCUGUAACAUGUUCAACUUUUAUGGAAGGAGUCUUCAGUGUCAGCACUGUUAUUCUAAUGUAUAUCAGCUAACAUUUCAUUUGUUACUUUGGUCAAUGUUUUUGGUAUCCUGGUAUUUUUUGCAUCUUUAAAAGUACAUUUGUUCUGUUCUGUUGCUGUGUGUGUUUUGCUCAUUGACACAAAAAUGCAUUAAAAAUAAUGAGGAGAAUCUUUUAA